GCAAGAGGCCGCGAGUGAGCCUGCCCCUUUCCUGCGGGGCGACCGUUCUCGUGGCUGCUGGUGCCCUUGAGAUUAAUUGCGCUAAGGCGAUGGCGGCUUCGCGGGCACCAGGCGGGGGAAACAGGAUGAAAGCCUUAGAGCUGUUGCGGAGCUUGCCUAGGGUCAGCCUCGGCAACCUACGGCCUAACCCUGGGGCCCGGCGAAAGGAACAAAAACAAGGUCGUGGAAGAUACAAUCCUCCAAAGAGAACUGGCGGGCAAGCAAAAUCUGGGUCACUCCCUCGAUUAGGCUUUGAAGGUGGCCAAACACCAUUUUAUCUGGUUAUUCCAAAAUACGGCUACAAUGAAGGACAUCAUCUCAGGCGUCAGUAUCCACCUAUCAGUCUCAAGAAGCUGCAAUACCUUAUUGACUUAGGCAGAAUUGAUCCCAUGCAACCAAUAGACCUUACCCAACUGACAAAUGCCAGAGGUGUAGUUUUACAGCCAUUCAAAAGACAUUAUGGUGUCCAUCUUGUGGAAGAGGGUGCUGAUACUUUUGCAGCAAAAAUAAACAUUGAAGUACAGUGGAUAUCUGAACUAGCCAUAGCUGCUGUUGAAAAAAAUGGUGGUGUAAUUACUACAGCUUUCUACGAUCCAAGGAGUUUGGAGAUUCUUUGCAAGCCAGUACCAUUUUUUCAGAGAGGCCAACCUAUUCCAAAGCGAAUGCUUCCUCCUGAAGAUCUUGUCCGUUACUAUACAGAUCCUGCAAACAGGGGCUACUUGGCUGAUCCUUCAAAGGUUGCUGAAGCAAGGAUGGAACUUUCCAAAAAAUAUGGUUAUGUCUUACCAGAUAUUACCAAAGAUGAACUCUUCCAAAUGCUGAGUACUCAGAAGGACCCUAGGCAGAUUUUCUUUGGACUUGCUCCAGGUUGGAUAGUAAAUAUGUCAGAAAAGAAGAUUUUGAAACCAACAGAUGAGAGGUUGCUAAAAUAUUACAGCUCAUGAAUACCAAAAUUGGAUAUACCAUUUAAUGUUUAUAUGCAAUGUUAAUAAUAUUAGCUUUUCUAAAAAUGAAUCCAUUGUAAUAAUACUAUAAUAAAAUAUGAACAUUUUUCUGCAUUAGUUUAUUUUCCUUGUCAGAUGCAAUUUUUAAUAUGAUUAAUCCUUAUUUUGUCUCAUGCUUUAAAUCACUUAUUGCAGAUUUCUGGGUCUUUUUCCUACAUUGCGUUCUUC